GCGCAUGCGCGGGCGGGCCGCGUGGCCUGGCGGGAGUGUGUGUGGCGGCCUCGCGCGCGGCAGGACAUGGCGAAGAGCCUGAGGAGCAAAUGGAGGAGGAAGAUGCGGGCCGAGAAGAGGAAGAAGAACGCGCCCAAGGAGCUGGAGAGGCUGAAGAAGAUCCUGGGAACCAAAGCGGAUGUCAUCAUGGAGGAGGUCAAGGAGGUGGCGACCGUGGUGCCCCCCGAGAAGGUCCUGGAGGCGAAAGAUGACUGCAAGAUGGAGCUGGAUAAUAAACGAAACAAAAAAACUCUUCUAGACCAGCAUGGACAGUACCCAAUAUGGAUGAAUUCCAGGCAAAGAAAGAAGCUCAAGGCCCAGCGUGUUAAAGGGAAAAAAAAAUCAAAAGUGGCCAAAGGCCUCGUCUGGUAAAAUCAGUUUUGUAAAGAUCAUGAAUAUUUUAUUUAACAAAAUAAAUUUUCCACAUAAAUUUA